UACAUUCAAUCUUUCAUUGAGUAAAAGACUGAGUAAAAGACUGAUUGAGCAUAUUGAGUAUUGUAUUUGUAUUUGUAUUUGUUUGCAUAUUGAGUAAAAAACUGAAUGAGCAUUCUUUUGUCAUUGUCUUAUUAUGUAGAGUUACAAUCUUAGCAAAUAAUAGAUGUGGUGGAAGGCAUUUGGUUUUGACUGUGCUUUGCUACCAAUUUUAUUACAUGCAUCUUUCGCAUGUGAAAAAUUUAAUGUCAUUUUUAUUUAGCAAAUGCAAUGAUUUUUAUUUUUAUAAAUGUUAUAUGUUUUUCUAUCCUGUAAAACGAAGGCUUGCAAUUUUUUCGCAUUUGAUUAUCCUGUUUUUUGUUUUCCUAAACGAACUGAAGAGGAAGCAAAUUAAGGCUUGAGUAUAUAUGAAUUUGGGGCCUCUUGGCGUUGAGGAACCAUGUUUGUAGGAUACCUGAAGACUUCAACAUUGUUUCAACGUACAACUGAAAUAGUUUGAAAUAUGUAUACUUUAGUGGGUAAAAUUUUCAUAACAUUAGUAAGCAUUACUUAGGUACCAAAUGUCUCCAAUCUUUGGUAAAGAUCAUAUGGAUUUCCUACAUAAAAUAAAAGACCAGCCAUGAGGAUUUGAGCGUGUAGUUGUUGAAGUCAAACUUCUAAGCUUGAAUUUAAAAGAUCUCCAAUGGUAGAAUUUUAUAAACGAGCUCGUUUCUGGCUUUUAAGAAUGAGAAAAGACUAUUCUAUGAAAACAAGAAAGGAAUUAAUGUACAGGACCACCUAAAAGAUGAAGUGGGCACUACAGCUAUAAAAAAAAUAUAGUUAUUAUAUAACCUAUACAGAUUAAAGGCUUUAAUGGCUUUAAUGGUCUUGUUACUGUGUGUUGACAAUACAAUAGUGCAGCCAAAUAAUAAAUUGUGUGAGUUCAUGUGCUCUGGCAAAAGGAAAUUGGGCCACAUAUCAUAUAUAGUGUUGUUUGUUUGGCCAAAACUACUCAGACAGAACUCGAUAAAAUUGUAUAUGACCAAAUGAUUUAUUGUAUCAUUUUCCUUUUUGCUUUAUAUGCAAGUGUUCUUUUUAUUUUCAAUUUCUUUUGUAAGUGAUAUAUCUCUUUAUGGUAUACCCACCAGGAACUAGUAGUAACUAUUUUAGUAAAUGGCCACAGUUUCUGGUUUAGUAUACAGGUUUGCAUGUUUUUGUAAUUAUUGUUGUUUAUGCCAUUCUUAAUGUAGUAGUUAUACUUGUAUCAACUAAUUGUCAUAAACUAAUUGUUGUUUAUUUAUAAAUUGCUUUUUUAGAUGAAUUGUGUAAAUGCGUGUGUGAUGAUAUCUUUAUAUUGGGUUCAUUUGACUAAAAUUGCUUGCAAAUGUGCCUGUGGCCGUGGAUAACCUUAUUUGUUUUGGAGCUGGUGGGUGAGGUGGUUUAAGUUGCAGCUAUGAGCCUAUGAGGGAGCAAGCUCUCUUUCUCUUUGGUGGCUAAAGAAAUUGUGAGGAACAAGGUGAAGAACACAAGUUAACUUUGGAUUUUUUUUCUGAAAGUUGUAAACUUAGCUUGAGCAAAUCAAACAUGGAUAAAAGUUGGAUGACAAUGGGUAAGACACCCGAUGGCAGAUUAAGUCAUCCAUAUAUUGAAGGGGUCAAUGCAUUUAUUAAUUUUGCAAGAGUAGUUGUGGACGUGAGUGGUAAUAUUCUGUGCCCGUGUAUUCAUUGUGGGAAUUACUAUCGACAAUCUCCUAAUACUGUGCGUAUUCAUUUGCUUCAUCGUGGGAUUAUGCAAUCUUACAUUAAUUGGUAUAAUCAUAGAGAACCUCAUUUUGACAAACUUGAGGAAGAUGCAAAGCGUGAGUUGUAUCACUGAUUAUAGUAUCUUGAAGUUUUUGAGAUGUUGAAUGUAAAAGUAAUGACCAACUUGAGUAAUAAGGGACUUGAUAUGAUGCUAGAAUUGCUGACAAAGGUUUUACCGAAAGGUAACUUGGUUCCAAGGUCAACUUAUGAAGCAAAGAAGAUAUUACGUGACUUGGGCAUGUCAUACGAGCAUAUAGAUGCGUGCAAAAAUGAUUGUGCACUAUUUUGGAAGGAAAAUGAAAACCUUGAUAAAUGUCCGGUGUGUGAAGCGCCUAGGUACAUGGAUACACGUGCCCAAGGUAAGAUGAUUCCUCAUAAGGUAUUGCUUUACUUCCCGUUGACACCGAGACUAAGAAGAUUGUACAUGUUAGGCUAAAGAGCUAAGGACAUGAGAUGGUAUAUAGACAAACGUGUGGAUGAUGGAAUAAUGAGGCAUCCGGCUGAUAGUGAGGAGUGGAAGGAGUUUGAUUUGCAAUAUCCUGAUUUUUCCCUCGAAUCUCGCAAUGUAAGGCUGGGGUUGGCUACAGAUGGAUUUAACCCUUUUGGGAAUAUGAACAACAACUAUAGUAUGUGGCUUGUCAUACUAAUCCCCUAUAACCUACCACCUUGGUUGGUUAUGAAAGAGCCAUAUUUUAUGUUGUCCUUGCUUAUUCCUAGUCCUCAUCAACCAGGAAAUGAGAUUGAUAUUUACUUGACACCAUUAGUUGACGAGUUGAAGGAGUUGUGGGAAGAAGGUGUAGAAACUUAUGAUGCUUAUAAUAAAGAGCAUUUUCAGAUGUGUGCAACUUUGUUGUAGACAAUACAUGACUACCCUGGAUUUGGUAACGUGUCUGGGUGGAGGACAAAGGGUUAUCAUUCUUGUUACACUUGCAACGAUGAACCAUAUUCAGAAGCUUUGGAAAGUAAAAUUGGAUUUAUUAACCAUCGAGCUUAUUUGCCUAUGGAAAAUCAUUGGAGACAUAGUCGGUUGCAUAAUGGUUUAUCGGAGAAACGGAAGAGAUCUUUAGAGUUACAAGUGGGAAAAAUACAAGAGCAGCUAGAUAGAAUGCCAAAUAUAAUUUUAGGAAAGCAUCCAAGUAACAAGAAGAGACAACUCAUUAGGGAGCCAAAUUGGUCAAAGAUAAGUAUUUUGUACAAGCUUCCAUAUUGGAAGAAUAAAAAGUUUAAGCACAACAUUGAUGUUAUGCAUGUGGAGAAGAAUAUUAGUGAAAGUAUUUAUGGUACUUUGUUGGGCAUUGAGGGGAGAAAUAAGGAUACUGACAAGGCACGGAUAGACUUGCAAAAUAUGAACUUUAGGCACACGUUGCAUUUGAAACAACGUCCUGAUGGAUCAUAUGACAAGCCUCGAGCUUUCUUUUCUUUAAGCCCAAAUGAAAGGGAUGGUUUUUAUGACUUUUUAAAAUCAGUCAAGUAUCUGGAUGGCUAUGCAGCCAACAUAUCAAGGUCAGUGAAUGCAAAAAAUGGUAGAUUAUCUGGUUUGAAAAGCCACAACUGUCAUGUGCUACUACAACGAAUUCUUCCAAUUGGGUUGCGAGGGUUUGCACAUAAAGACAUUAGUAUUGUAUUGUUUGAGUUAGGCAGUUUCUUCCAAAACUUAUGCUCAAGGACCCUAAAGCGGAGUGAAUUGGAGAAACUAGAAGAACGUAUAGUUCUUAUACUAUGCAAACUUGAGAGGUUCUUUUCUCCAGCAUUCUUUUAUGUUAUGGUCCACCUUGCUGUUCACUUGCCUCGAGAAGCAAUUCUAGGAGGUCCGGUACAAUAUCGGUGGAUGUACCAUAUUGAAAGGUAUCUUGGAAAAUUAAAAAGAUACGUUUCAAACCGAGCUCGACCAGAAGGUUCGAUUGCAGAGGCUUACAUUCUCAAAUAAUGUAUUAACAACUAGUCUUUGUAUAUUGAUGUGAUUGAAACUGUGCAUAAUCGAAGAGAAAGAAAUGAAGAUUUAGGUGAAUCUAGCGAAUGAUUGAUAGUUUUUUCACAGACUGCCCGACCUAGAGGUGGUAGGCAGAAUUAUGGUAACUUGUCUCGUGCAUUGCUUGAUAUUGCUCAUUGGUAUUUAUUGUAUAAUAGUCCUGAGUUAAAACCUUAUUUAAAGUAUGUGAUUUCAUAUGCAUGUAUUGUUUAAUCAAGUUUUGAAUAUUAUUUACAAUGCUUAGCUGAAAAUA